GUAGAAAACUGGUCAGUCUCGUGAAGGUUCAGUGAAGCCGUGAGAGCUUGGCUCCAAGAAUUAGCACGCUGAACAUCCGGAGAUUGUCGUCGCAGCGUUGAAUUCCGCUGAGGACUGCGGACCAUCGAGAAGCGCCUCAGAGUGGUUCCAUCACCAAGAGUGCCUCAGGAAUAAAUAGGAAUAAAUAGUAAAUAACUAAAUAAGAAUACUUAUGUGAAUGAGAAGAUAUUGAAGAAGCAUAACUCGACAUGCAUAAGAAAUGUUCUAGAGGGCAUUAAAAAAAUGCACUACAGUGUUCUAAUAAAAACACGAGAAACAAUCGAUACCGAUAUCGACAGUAAAGAAAUAUAAUAAAGCAGAAUAUUAAAGUGGAGGCAGACAGUUAUACGUUAAUUGCGUUAAUUCCCAUUAAAAUUUGAAAUUUAUUUAAUGAAGCGGUGAUAUUAUACGUUAUCCAAUAUUACCGGUUCGACUGUUGAAUAAUCAAGGUGCAAGAUGAAUAUGUGCUCGUGGAAUGCUCAAGAUACUCUGAUUCGCGCGCAGGUGUCGAUUCGCCGUAUGAAAUCGUACCUCUUCUAAACGUAAUCUGGAAACGUGAUUUCGAAAAGUUAUCUGCUUAUUGUUUGAAGUCGAUAUUUUUUGACGAAAUUUUUUGACGAAAGCUUAGAGUGUUCUUUCGUUGAAACGUUAUCAAAUUUGUGAGAAUUUUGUAACAGAACCUCACGAGAUGGCUAAGAUUUGUAUCCUGAUCGCGUUGUUGCCGCAAUUGCUUUACACGCUAGUACAAGGACAAGAAUCUCCGUGUCCACAAUAUUUUACAUAUAUAACCAAACUUGGGACAGAUGAAACAAUAGGACAGAUCGAAAUCCAAUCUCCACCAAGAACUGGUGAACUCCAUUUAAAAGUGACCAUAAAAGUCGCUGCUGAGUUGCCUACAAGAUACGUCGGUCGACUGGAAUUGGCGCGAUCGAAAGAGGAAUCUGCUGCAGCUGUUCAACAGGGCAGGCAUUUGUCGUAUCAUCUUUAUUUUCCUUUACGCUAUCCGAUUCCGACAUUGUCUGGAAUAUGGUUCAACGGUGAGCGAUAUUGCUCGGGACGCGAUGUAACGGGAAGUAUCGUAACUACUAUCACGUUGGAACAUACUCUGUACCUGCCGAACGUGCUUUCGCAAAAUUUCCUGCCAUCGCGUCAAAACUCGAAACCGACACCGAGACCAUCGUCUGAACGGAACACCCCGAAGAGAUCCACCACCGCCACUCUCUCUCAAGGAAUUGGCAGCAACAUAUUUCUGAAUUUGAUUCCGAGCCAAUCACCCCCACAAUACAACAACAACAACAACAACAAUAACAUAUUCCUAAGGCCGACUCCGGCUCAACAAGCUUCACAACAUAAUAAUAAUAAUAAUAACAAUAACAUAUUUUUAAAACCCACCCCGACCAAUAUGUAUAACAAUAUAUUUCUAAGACCGAAUCCGGCCAAACCAGUCUCACAACCAGCCCCACAACCAGCCCCACAACCAGUCCCACAACCAGCCCCACAACCCGAUAAUAAUAACAAUAAUAACAAUAACAACAAUGAUAAUAAUUACAACGAAUGUGGUAUCAGCGGCCGCAGCGGAGGCACCAAUCUUCUGAUAGCCAACGGAGAGAAGACGUUGCCAGGCCAGUGGCCGUGGCUGGCGGCACUCUUCGUCGUUAGAAAUGGAUACGAGUUUCAGUGUGCUGGUUCUGUUCUGACUACAAGACAUGUUCUAACAGCGGCACAUUGUUUGAAGUUGGGCCCCACUAGCAACGAUACCCUACACCCCAACGUGUUAGAGGUGGCUUUGGGGCGAUUUAACUUGCGCCGGUUUCGCGAAAAGGGAACUGUUAAUCGGGAGGUCGCUAGCUACAAGAUCCAUACCGAAUAUGCGCACAGGACCACCGGCGAUUCCGAUCUGGCGAUUUUGAUCCUCAGGACGCCAGUCGAGUUCAGCCCUUUCAUCAGACCUGUUUGCCUGUGGUCUGGUUCAAUUGAUCUUCAAAAUGUCAUCGAUAGAACAGGAUACGUCGUGGGAUGGGGCCGAGACGAACACGGCCAUCGUUACACUGAAGAACCACGGAUGGCGAUGAUGCCGAUAGUGAGUUUGGAAAACUGUCACUGGAGCUACCAGGGUUUCGUCUCUCUCACUUCGAACCGCACUUUUUGCGCCGGUAUGCAAGACGGGACAGGUCCUUGCAACGGUGACAGCGGGAGCGGUCUGGUGCUUUUCGACGCUACCACGGGUCGCUAUCAGUUGCGUGGCGUCGUUUCGCGGUCGGUGCUCGGCAAUGAAAUGUUGUGCGAUCUCACAAAGUUCGUCGUUUUUGUCGACGUGGCCAAAUACCAAUCUUGGAUUUUACAGCAAAUCUCCACUUUGUUAGGGAUCUCUGGCUAUCCUGAAGCGCUUCAGAGUGCUUCGUCAGGAGCCUCGUGUGUCAUCACCCAUCGCCCCCAUGGUCAGGAGUAUCUCAAAAGUGCCUCGGGAAUAAAUAAAAAUAAAAAAGUAAAUAAAAUUUCACGAAACAUGGCUAAAAUUUUUAUUUUGAUCGCGUUUCUGCUGCAACUUUGCACGACCAUACAAGGACUAUUCCCGUGUUCUAAAUAUUAUUCAUAUACAAGCAAACCUGGGUCAAAUAACGAAAUAUUGGGACGGAUCAAAAUCCCAUCUCCACCAAAAAAUGCUCGAUACAAUUUGAGGGUAGGCUUUAGUACAAACCCUUUGAUACAUAAAAAUGAACCAGUCGCUCGACUAGAAAUAGAACAACCAGUAGAGGAAGCCAAUCAAACUGUUCAACAAGACAGACCUUUGCUGUAUCAUGUUCAUUUUCCCUUGGGUCAAGCAAUUCCAAGACUAACUAAAAUAUGGUUUAACAAUGAACAAUUAUGUCCAAAUUCUGCAGAAACAGGAAAUUUCACAACUACUGUCGAAGUAUAUCUGUCAGGCGAAGUGUCACCUUCACUGAAUAGACCAUCGCAUCAUGACUCAAGCGUCACUGAAAACUCAUCACCUACCGCCAACCUUUCUAGAGAUGAUAACGAUCUGAUAAACGAUUUUCUGACGAUUCAGACCCAAAAACCCGCACAAUACAAUAACACUAAUAAUAACAACAACAAUAUCAAUUACAAUGAUAACAAUAACAAUAACAAUAAUGAAUGCGGUAUUAACAGCUAUAAUACCAACCGCACAAAUCCUUUGAUCAAUUACGGAGAGGAGACAAUGCCGGGCCAAUGGCCGUGGCUGGUGGCACUCUUCGUUGUAAGGAGAGAUCAUGUGUUUACGUGUUGUGGUACAAUUCUGACAAACAGACAUGUUAUAACAGCGGCGCACUGCUUGAAGUUGAGCUUGAGCAGCAACGACACCGUACAUCCCAAUGUGUUAGUGGUGGCCUUAGGACGAUUUAGGUUGCGUCAGUGGCGUGAGCUGGGAACUGUGAAUAGGGAGGUCGCAAGCUUCAAGAUCCACCCCAACUACACGCACGAGGCCACUGGCGACUCCGAUUUGGCGAUUUUGACUCUCAGGACGCCCGUCGAGUUCAGCCAUUUUAUUAAACCUAUUUGCCUGUGGUUUGGUUCAACCAAUCUUGAAGACAUCGUUAAUAAGAUAGGAUGGGUUGUGGGAUGGGGCGAAGAUGAAGAGGGUCGUACCUACACCGAGUUACCACGGGUGGCGAGGGAGCCGAUAGUAAGCCAGGAGACCUGUCUCCGGAGUCAUCAGACUUUCUACGCUCUCACCUCGGUGCGUACCUUUUGCGCCGGUUUGCGAGAUUACAGCGGUCCAUGCAACGGUGACAGCGGGAGUGGAUUGGUGCUUUUCGACUCUACCACAGGCCGUUAUUAUUUGCGCGGCAUUGUUUCGCGGUCAUUGGGUGGCAUUAUACCGUCGUGCGAUCUCUUAAAUUAUGUCGUCUAUGUUGACGUGGCCAAAUAUACAUCCUGGAUUCAAGAGCAGAUCUCCACUACGUAACGCUGCAAAACACAAAUGUGCUAAUCAACAAAUCUCUUAUGUAGAUUUAUUAAAACCACGUCACUUAUAUUUACAUGAGGAUUAAAGUUACUUCUGAAUUUUAUUAUUGUAAUGAAUUUAUUACAAUGGCAAAAUACUUAUGUAAAUGGAUAUAAAUAUAGCUAUCUGUUUUUGUAGAUUUAUCAACAAUUAAGAAUAAAUCCUAUUAUGACAUGCGUUGUAAUACGUUUAUUGAUAUGCAUCUUACGCAAUAAUAUUCUGUUAUACAUCGUAUUACUUAAUUUAACAUUUCGUUAAUGUUCUAUAUUAUAAAAUAUUACAAAAAGUAUAAAAAAUAUUGCCUGCAACAUUGCUCACACAUGACUGUUAGGAUAUAUUAAGUAUAUAUUAUAAUUCUAGCGCGAUUUAAGUUUACCUGUCUAACAACAUGUAUAAAAGUAUUGUUUAAAAAUAUAUAUGCGGAUA